AUGCAAGUGACUUUUAACUCAUCCCAGGAAGUCAGUGGAAUGCCUGGACAGAACGUGACUGUGCUGUGCAAAUACUCUGUUAAGGGUGGUGUCAUGGAAAUGUGCUGGGGUCGAGGAGAAUGCCCUACUUCUAAGUGCACACAAACAAUUAUUUCAAGUGAUGGAAACAGAGUGAACCAUAAAAAAUCAGACAAGUACGGUUUAUUUGGUAAUUUACUGGAAGGCGAUGUUUCUCUGACUAUAAUAGACGUCAGUGUAGAAGACAGUGGGACAUACUGCUGCCGUGUGGAAAUACCAGGAUGGUUUAACGACCAGAAACAUAACACACAACUGAUCAUUGCAAAAGCUCCUGCUACAACCACAUCUAAAUCAGUCACAACUGCUCGAGGGGCUGACACUGUGAACACCUUGAAAGAUCAAUUAACCACAAGCUUUUGGAAUGAUACUAAUUCUACAUCAAAUCACAUUACAUCUUCAGAGCAGGACCCCAAUUCCACACACACGACCACAGCUGUGAGUAUAUCCCUGAGCAUAAGGCAGAACCAGAACUCAUUUAAUCUGUGA